GAAGUGUGUUGGCGGGCCUGGCUGGUGCCUAGUGGAAUCAUCUGUUAAGUGUCAGAAAGGUUAUAUGUGGUAUUUUUAUAAAAAUUCGAUCAAAUUCGUCGUUGUUUUUUAUGUAACGUAACUAAUCACUUCAUGUAAGUCACAAUGUUUUCACUCCAGAACCAAAACCAGGCAAUCUUCACUCUCUCCCAAAUCUCCGCGAUAAUAACCCCCCGUCAGAAUGCCUUCCUGACCAAAAAAGCCCACAAAGACAAAUCGCAAAUCAUGUGCAAGGAAAGCUUCCUGGAGGCGCUCAAAAACUGCGACUUCUCCUUCACCAAGCACCUCAAAGACACCUCAUUCCUCAACAACUUCAAAGUCUCGUACGUCUCGCACGACACUUUCUUCGAAAACAAACACGGUUUCUCCGAAGCCGACUUAAAGAGCGCAGUUCCAACCCUCAUAGUCAAAAAUCGCAAACACUUCUACGUCCCCCAAAACUUCUACCAGAAGCUAAUCCACGGUUUGCGGCACGAAAACGCCUUCACGUUCGACAUCCAAGUGCGGGGCUUCAAGACAGACCGCAGUGUCAAGGCGGAAAUGCAGCGAAAUCCGGGCCUGGGCGCCCGCAUCAAAAACGCCCUAGGGCUGACCCCAAGCGAGAAUUUGGACUCGAAAUUGGCCAAAGACUUGUCGUUGGGCAACGAAAAGAUGAAACAGAUUUUCGCAGCCGAGGGGAAUUCAAUGACAGAGGCGGAAAAACAAAGGAUUAAGGUGGCUUUUGCCGAGGGCUAUCUCUUGGCCAAUAGCCCGGGGGCGCGGACGGGCAAAGCCGCGCGGUAUUUUAAGGUGUUUCAGCAGGUGUUGACCAUUGUGAUCUUCCUAGCCAUUGUUAUUAGUUUGAUGGUCAGUACAACGGGCUCGAUUUUUAGAAUUCAAUUAGGGAAUCAAGUGGAGGUGGACCCUGAGGAGAUACAUGUGACUUUUGAUGACGUCAAGGGGGCUGAUGAGGCCAAACAAGAGCUUAAAGACGUAGUUGAGUUUUUGAAAAAUCCCGAUAAAUUUUCACAAUUAGGGGGCAAACUACCAAAGGGGGUGUUGUUAGUAGGGCCUCCAGGUACUGGUAAAACACUUCUAGCUAGGGCUGUGGCUGGUGAGGCGGGUGUGCCCUUUUUUCACGCUGCAGGGCCGGAAUUUGAUGAAAUUUUGGUGGGGCAAGGGGCUAGGCGUGUCCGGGAUUUAUUUAAGUCUGCCAAAGAAAAGGCCCCCUGUGUGAUUUUCAUCGAUGAAAUCGAUUCAGUUGGUGCGAAACGGACGAAUAGUGUUUUACAUCCGUAUGCAAAUCAAACGAUUAAUCAACUUUUGAGCGAAAUGGACGGUUUUCAUCAAAACGAGGGGGUUAUUGUUUUGGGGGCAACUAAUCGAAGGGAUGAUUUAGAUCAAGCCUUGCUGAGACCGGGACGGUUUGAUGUUGAGGUCACGGUCCCUACGCCCGAUUUCACCGGCCGGAAAGAAAUCCUGGGCCUCUAUUUGGGCAAAGUCCUUGCCAAGGACGUGGAUUUGGAACUCUUGGCCCGGGGAACCACCGGUUUUACGGGCGCAGACCUCGAAAACAUGGUCAAUCAAGCUGCUCUCAAGGCUGCCAUCGAUGGGGCCGAUUGCGUUAGCAUGAAAUACCUCGAAUCGGCGCGCGAUAAAGUCUUAAUGGGCCCCGAACGCAAAUCACGAAUUCCCGACGAAGAAGCCAACCUUAUAACAGCGUACCAUGAAGGGGGCCACGCGAUUGUGGCGUUCUACACGCGUGACAGCCAUCCGUUGCAUAAAGUUACGAUAAUACCGAGGGGGCCCAGUUUGGGGCACACGGCCUACAUUCCGGAGAAGGAGCGCUAUCAUGUGACCAAAUCGCAACUUUUGGCAACGAUGGAUGUCAUGAUGGGGGGCAGAGCCGCCGAAGAGCUGAUUUUCGGGACGGAAAAAAUCACCUCAGGGGCGAGCUCGGAUUUGAAGCAAGCGACGUCCAUAGCCACCCAUAUGGUGAAGGACUGGGGCAUGUCGGAGAAAAUCGGCCUGAGGACGAUGACUGAAAGCUCGAAGCCGUUCCAAGGCGACAGUUUGGGGCCGUCGACUAACGAACUCGUUGAUAGCGAAAUUAGGAGAAUUCUGUCAGAAAGUUACGACAGAGCCAAACAUAUUCUCAAAGCGCAUGCCAAGGAACAUAAGGCCUUAGCCGAGGCUUUGAUGAAGUACGAGACGUUAGAUGCGGAAGAUAUUAAAGCCAUAAUGACAGAAAAAGGGCCACAUGUUGAAAAAUCUUAAGUGGAUUUGCUACAGACUUUUUUAUGACAGUACGCUGUGUUAAAAUCGGGUUUCUUCGCUUUAGUUAGCCACUGUUUUGUACAUAUUUACAUAAUAAAGCGUAAGCAGGCCUUCGGUUACUUAAUUUCAUGAGUAAGUAUGUGAAGUUGCUGUAAUAUAAACAAUAAAAUUUUAUUAUCGAA